AUGAAAUCUGGUGAUCCUAUAUGUACUUCUAAUGCUCUAGAAAAAGAAGCCAAGCAAACUAGAAUUGUUGAAUACCCAACAGGAUUAGCGCAAGAAAUAGCAGAGGAUAUUCCAUCUUUAACGGUCAAUGUUGAGAUUAGAAGUGAACGAAUGGUGAAAGAUGUACGAUUGCUUUGUUCAACACAAUUUUUUGUCGAUGAAAAAUAUCAUUCGUUAGAAUCAUUAAAUGGUACAAAAAUAAUUCCGUUAAUAUUUUAUACAAAACAAGAAGCAGUAACCGAUUUGAGAUGUACAUUUUUCUUGACUUCUUCAUCAUGCGGUGAAGUUUGUAAUCGAGAAAUAAAACUGCCUUUAUCAUUAAUGUGCCGUACAGUAAGUACACAGCGUAACGCAUUAUUUAAACUCACACUUGAGUCCACAAUGGAUAAUAUUUUAAGCAUAUCAGAUUUAUUUCCAGAAUUUGAAGCAGAAAGUCAAACUUCUAUUGGAUUCAAACCAUUUUUAUCAGAUUCCGUUAUUUCCAUAUUUAUUUCACCAAAAACAAAAAGAUAUCGGAUUCAGUCGGACUCGCUAGAUUGGUUAUAUCUUUAUGCAGACGAAAUUGUCUCAAGAUUAACUUCUCAACAACCCAAUAUGAAUUUUUCAUGUGCACUUCCUAUUGAUCAAAUUCUACAAAAAUUGCACAAUUUUAUCGAAUUGCAAAAGCGUAGUAAUAGCGAAGAGAAAGAACUGGAACGACUUGCAGCACAAAUUCGAGGUGCUCAAUCUGCUAUUUUAAUUAAAAUUAAAAAUCAACGGCCAACUUCCAUUUCACAUCUCGAAGCGUUCUAUCGUAUCACUCAUUCUCAGAUGUUGAAUAUGAUUGAUAAAUCGAUGGAAACGGAAUCCGAAUUAAAUUUGGCUGCCAAAUCGCUUUCUGCCUCUCUUAACCUUUUAAAUUUUUUGGCUAAUGUCAAUGGAAAUGCAAUGGCCAUCGAUGGAAAAGUGACACAUGGUCCCUACCAGGAAAUAGCUGAGCGAAUUAAAUGGAUUUUGGCGAUGAUCACUCGAUCGGAAAUCGUUUCAGAUAUAUCGCCUGCUGAAUUGAAGAGUAUGAUUCGAAUUCAGUGCGAAAGAUCCGCAGCUCGUAUGGAAAAUAUUGACGAAGAAAUAGAAGAUAACGAAUCUGAGAAUGAAGACAUUGGCAUUAAUCCUUGUGUUUCUGGUUCACUUCCAUACACCAAAAAUAAUGAAUAA